AUGAAAGGGAUAGGCGAGUUUUAUGCUUACUCCAUGGACAAAUGUACAUCAGUUUUUAACUUGAAAAAAAAGGAGGAAAUUAACAGAAAAAAGAAAACUGAAAUAAGUUGGGUGGGAAAAGUGUUUUCAGAAUUUGAGAAAACGAAAAAUGACACAUUUGAGUAUAUCAGUGUCCAAAAAAAUUAUUGGAAAAAAAAAUUUAGCGAUUCGAAAUUUUCUUCAUAUUGCAAGCAUGAGAACUCUAAAUAUGAAAAUUUACCUUGGUAUAAAAAAUUGUAUCAAAUAUUAAAAGGUUAUAUUUGUAACUUGUUGAACAUUGUAGAUCAUGAAAACAUGGAGACCAAAAGAAAAGAUCAAGGAGAAUUUAAAAAUAAAGUUCUCCAAAGAAGGCAACAUGAAAAUAAAAUAAACAGAGAAUUCGUUAGUUUUGAAAAUCUGGAUUACAAAAAUAAACAAAAAAGUAAAAACACAGAUGAUAAUUCCUUGUUUAAAAAAUAUAGAGAAAGGUUCAGAAAGACAAAGGAAAAUGAAACUCAUCACAGUGAACGUAGCCAGUCCGAAUUAGUCAAAAGGAAUAUCUCCCCAAACAGUAUCUUAUCUGUUCCUAGUAACAAAAGUAUAAUGCUGGAUAAUAAGAAACUGAUGAAGGAUGAAAAUGCCCUUGUGAACACAGAUAAGGAAGAAGAGACAAGGAACAAAGCGAAUGAUGGGGACAGCGACAAAGAAAACGAAAGCGACCAUGAGGUGAAGAAGAAUGACAGGAAAAGUUUUCUUAAUGUUGAAAAUUCGCCAAAAUUUAAUAUUAAAAACACGUGGGAGAAGUUAAGUGGCUAUAUUUCAUAG